AUGCCAGGGACGCUCCUGCCCCCGAGAUCAAACCGGCAGCACGCACAGAUGGAUCGCCCAUCUGCGUCCCGGCCGGACCUCUACCUGAUUACUGACCAGGACACUGUUUAUGAACAAGAUCUUUUGCGUGAAGUUGGAAGUAUUAAGCCAUGGUUGGCAUACAUCGAAUUCAAGCAGCAAAAUGGCACGCUCUAUGAGCAAGCUUUUAUUAUGGAGCGUGCAUGCCGACAAUUGCCCCGCUCAUACAAGUUGUGGAAGAUGUACCUGGAGUUCCGAACAAAGCACCUCAAGGGGCGCAAUCCUACUGUCUACCGCGCGGAAUACCUGAAAGUGAAUGCUCUUUUUGAACAAGCCCUGGUUCUUCUCAACAAAAUGCCUCGCAUCUGGGAGAUGUACCUCACCGUUCUGAUGCAGCAGCCCAUGGUGACGCAAACACGGCGGACCUUCGAUCGGGCUCUCCGGGCAUUGCCAGUCACCCAGCACAACCGAAUCUGGAGACUGUACAAGGGCUUCGCGCGAUCUGCAUCUGGGCCGACCGCCGUGAAGAUCUGGGCUCGGUACAUGCAAAUUCACCCCGAGAAUGCAGAGGAAUACAUUGAAAUUCUGGUGGAGAUGGGUGAAUAUACGGAGGCUGUCAAGGUCUUCAUGGAAAUUCUCGACAACCCGCGGUUUGAGUCCAAGCACGGCAGAAGCAAUUUCCAAUUAUGGACCGAGAUGGUUGAUCUGCUGGUCUCGAAGGCGAAGCAAAUUGAAGUAGGCCCACAAGUGGGAAUCGAUGUGGAUGCCAUUCUCCGAAGUGGCAUUGAUCGAUUUGCAGACCAGCGAGGAAAGCUUUGGGCUGGCCUGGCAACCUACUGGAUCACCAAGGGUAACUUCGAAAAGGCGCGCGAUGUGUUUGAAGAGGGAAUCACCACUGUUAUGACAGUCCGUGAUUUCACACUGAUCUUUGACUCCUAUGUCGAAUUCGAGGAAUCCAUCAUCGGUAGCCUGAUGGAAGCAGCAGCAGUCCGAUCUGAAAAGGGUAAACUCGACGAAGAAGCCGAUUUCGAUCUUGACUCACGCAUGCUGCGCUUCGAGCAAUUGAUGGAUCGACGACCAUUCCUAGUCAAUGAUGUCCUUUUGCGUCAGAAUCCCAACAAUGUCAUUGAAUGGGAGAAGAGGGUUGGAUUAUGGGGAGACAACAAACAGGAAGCUGUCAACACAUAUACAGCUGCUAUCGCCGCUAUCAACCCAAAGAAAGCUCAUGGCAAGUUCUCGGAGUUGUGGGUCAAUUACGCUAAACUCUAUGAGAAUGGCGGGGAUCUAGGAACCUCUAGAGUCAUUUUCGAAAAGGCUGUCAAGGUUCCAUACAAAUCUGUAGCUGAGCUGGCCGAGACAUGGUGUGAAUGGGCCGAGAUGGAGUUGCGUGCGGAGAACUUUGAUCAGGCUGUUAGUAUCAUGGCCAAGGCCACUCAAGCGCCCAAGAAAUCCACUGUGGAUUACUUCGAUGAGACCUUGUCUCCGCAACAGCGAGUCCACAAGAGCUGGAAGUUGUGGAGUUUCUAUGUUGAUCUAGUUGAGAGUGUGUCUUCAUUAGACGAGACAAGAAAGGUCUAUGAGCGCAUCUUCGAGCUUCGUAUUGCGACACCGCAGACUGUUGUCAACUACGCAAACCUGCUGGAGGAGAACGACUACUUCGAAGAUUCGUUCAAGGUGUACGAGCGCGGUCUAGAUCUCUUCAGUUAUCCUGUUGCCUUUGAACUCUGGAAUUUGUACCUGACCAAGGCUGUCGAUCGCAAGAUCGGAAUCGAGAGACUGCGCGACCUCUUCGAACAGGCCCUAGAUGGGUGCCCACCGAAGUUUGCCAAGCCCCUUUACUUGAUGUAUGGAAACUUGGAGGAAGAGCGAGGUCUUGCACGACAUGCAAUGCGUAUCUAUGAGCGUGCAACCCGGGCUGUCUCCGACGAGGACCGGUUCGAAUUGUUCGAAUUUUACAUCACCAAGUCCGCCUCCAACUUCGGUCUUACAUCCACCAGACCUAUCUACGAACGGGCUAUCGCAGCUCUUCCCGACCAGGAGGCCAAGGAGAUGUGUCUCAAAUUCGCCGAGAUGGAACGCCGGCUUGGUGAAAUCGACCGUGCUCGUGCGAUUUACGGCCACGCCUCCCAAUUCUGCGAUCCUCGCACGAAUGCUCCUUUCUGGCAGAAAUGGGAGGCCUUCGAGGUGCAACACGGAAACGAGGACACAUUCAAGGAGAUGCUCCGCAUCAAGAGAAGUGUCCAGGCUCAAUACAACACCGAUGUCAACUUCAUCGCAUCGCAGGCUAUUGCGCGCAGCCAGCAACGCCCAGACGGCGAGCAAGGCGAAGACGAGGAUGCAGACCGUGCGGAUGCUAUGGCUGCUAUCGAACGCCAAGCUCGGGCCCCCGUCGGCUUUGUUGCUGCCAGCACCGGCCCAGAGGGUGGUAACCGCCCUCCGCCGGCUGGUGAAGCAGCUCCUGCAGCUCCGGCAAACCCCGAUGCUAUCGACCUUGAUGACGACAUGGAUGAAUAG